GUUUCCAAGUAAUCUUCACAUCUCGAUCACGCUGUACUGCUGGUUUAAAAGUACUUCAACUGAAAGCAAACUCUCUUCAAUUCUGAAGAACUAGUAAUCGAGAAUCUAAAAACUAAAGACACUGUAAAAAACAUGGCUUUUAACGUCAACGGGGACAUCAGUGUCGCUUCACACAAGUUCAAGUGGGUCAUCAAUGACUUCAGUACAAGCUGCAGGCACGUCGGAGAAGCCCUGCAUUCACCACCAUUUUUCGGAAUGAAGGACAUCCAAUGUACGCUGAAACUUUAUCCAAAAGGUGAAAACGAAGAGUCCAGAGAUCUCUUUUCGCUUGUACUAUCUGUUCACGCGAAGAUCGAGGGCACGGUUAUUCUUCAAAUCCUCAAUAACAAGGGCGAAGCGAUGGUAAGUCACAUAGCUGAAGGGAGAGCCUUCAUUAACGGUAGUUACUUGUACGAAUAUAAAAAAUAUGGACUACGAGAUUUCAUCAUAGACCCAGCCAACGAUAUUCUUAACGAUGACAAAAUGACCAUCGCGUGCAAAAUUACUAAGCUCUCGCCUAAAGAGAUGAAGAAACGUUCGGAUAAGAACAAGAAUCACGAGGAAAUGUGGCAAGGCGUCGUCGGUCGACUGGAAGAGAUCGACAAGUACGAGUGUCUCAUCAACGAGAAUAAAUUCAGCGACGUAACCCUUAUCUCCGAAGGUCGAGCCUUGAAGGUCCACAAGUGCAUACUCGCCAAGAGCAGUUUGGUUUUCGCUGCAAUGUUCGAAGCCGAGAUGCUGGAGAAGCAAGACAGCAGCGUAGAAAUCGAAGACAUCAGGUACGACGUGCUCCUGGAGAUGAUACGUUUCAUGUACGUGGGAAAGGUGAAAAAUAUGGAUGAUCUCGCUGGUGAACUUUUGGCCGCAGCUGACAAGUACGCACUGGAAAAACUGAUGGUCAUGUGCGAGGAGACGAUGUGCAAGAAUUUGAACGCCGAUAAUGUCAUCGAGUCCGUCGUACUUGCCGACAUUCACCGGAUGGAUGUGUUGAAGAAGAAAUCAAUCGAGUAUAUAUUAGCGCACGCGAACGACGUUACUAACGGACGGAACUUCAAAUCGCUGCCUUACGAUCUCUUGUGCGAAGUGUGCUGCGCAAUGUCCAAAAAGCUCAAGCUAUGAUUCAUCCAUUGAUUGGUUGCGACUAUUUUUUUCUUAUUGGAUUUUAAUUGAUAGAACGUGGAUAGAAUCAGCUGUUUUAUUACUGAUACCGUUAUACUUUAUCAGCAAUUAUUUUAUAAAAAUUGGUCUUCAGAUAGCGAUAUAGUUUUGAUCAAUCGAAAGUUUCCAUAUCGAUGAGAAUUUAGCUCAUUUUAACAAUGUCACGGUCACUAAGCUCUUGUACUGUCAUUGCUGCAGUUAUACAUUUAUUUAAGAAUGAACAUCGCUUCCGCAAUUAUGUCUUUUAUAUCAUUUUUUAUCGGAGUUUCAGUAGUUUUUAAUCAAAUUUAUCAUCCAUGUUGCAUUUGUAUCAUUGCUCGCAGAAUUAGGAUUUUUCUACGACUUAUGUCAAUGUCAAUGUACACAUGAAAUUUCGAAUUUUGUAAUAUACAAAAAUUAAUAUUAAAUUUUACAAGCAAUAUCAA